AUGUCACGUGGUGCGGGUGAGGAGAAAGAGGCUGAGUGCGAUGUGCUCCUCACGGGACAUGGUCUGUGGACACCGCGGAAGAAGGCCGUCCAGACCCGCUCAUACCUAUGGUCAUACCCUGUCAUACCCCGUCAUAGACCCCUACAGCUGGGGAUCCAGCGGUUUGUGGGAUGGGAGGUGAUGUUGUUUUGGGGGGGUUUUGGUGUGGGGUGGGGGUUAUUUGGUUGGGGGGGGGUGGUUGGGGAGUUUGGUUUUUGGGGAUGUUGGGAGGGGUUGGGUGGGGUAUGUGGGGUUUGGGAGAGUGGAGGAGAUUGGGGGGAGGUAGAUAUUUUAUUGGUUGUUUGGGGGUUUGGGGUGGUGGGGGUUUUGUUUAGGGGGGGGAAGUUGGGGGGGGGGGGUUGGGGGGUAGGUGGUUUGAUGGUGGGGGGGGGUAGUGUGGAUGUGGGUUAUGGGUGGGGAGGGGGGUUUGGUUUAGUGUUGGGUGUGGUUUGGUGUGGUUUGGGGGUAUGGGGAGAGAUGGUGGGGGUGUUGGGAAUAGGAAGGAAAGAGGGGGUAGGGUGUGGGUGGAAGAAGGGGGGGGGGUAUGUGGAAAGAUGGGUUAAGGUGAUUGAGAUUGGAAGGGGGGGUUGGUGUUGGGGAGGUUGGGUAUGGUUGGUUGGGGAGGGGGGAUUGGGGUGUUGGAUUGGGAUGGGUAUUGGUGUGAGUUUUUGUGUGGGGAGGGGUUUGGGGGGGGUGUGGUGUUUGUGUUUGGAUUUGGGGGUGUUUUUUGGUGUUGGUUUUUUGGGUGAUUGUUUUUGGGUGAUGGUGUGUUUGGGGUUUUAUUGUGGGUGGGUUGAGGGUGUUGGGGGUUUGGGUUUUUGUGUUUAUUUAGUUUUGGGGGGGGGUGUGGUUGUGGGGUGGGGGUUUUUGGGUAUAUUUAUUAUUUUGGUAGGGUUGUGUGGGGGGUGGGUGUGUUAUGUGGGGAGGAUGGGGGGGGGGGUGAUGUGUUGGGUGUUGGGGGGGGGUGGUGGGGUGGUUAUGUGGUUUGUUUGGUGUUUGGUUUGGUGUGUUGGUGUUGGGGGUGGGUAUGUUGUUUGGGGUUUAUGUUGGGUGGUUUGGUUUGGUUUGGUGAGGGGGGUUUUUUUGGUAAUGUUUUUUGUUUGGGGAUGGGGGGUGUUUUUUAGAGGGGAGAGUGGGUUGGUUGGGUGGAGGGUUAGGGGUGAUUUAGUGUUAGGGGUGGGUUUGAGGGGGGGAGUGGGGAAUGAUAGGAUAGGGUUAUUGAGGAUAAGGGGGGUAGUUUUGGGUUAUGGGUUUGUGUGGGUGAUGUGGUUGGGAGGGGUUGUGGGUGUUUGGGGGGGGGGGGUAGAUGUGGGGUUUAUGGGGAUGGAGGUAGUUGUUGGGGAGGGAUUGUGGAUAUUUGGGGGGGGGUAUGGGGGGGGGGGUUUUAUGGUAGUUGGGAAGGAGGAGAUGAGGGUGAGGGAGAUGGAGAUUGGGGGGAGGGAGGGUGGGGAAGGUAUAGGGGGGGGGGGAGAUGUUGGUGUGGGGUAUGAUAGGGUGGUGGGGGAGGGGUUGAAGAGGAAUGAUGGUGGGUGGGGUGGUGAGGGGGAGGGGGGAGGAUGGGGUUUUGAAGUGGUAUAUGGGUGGGUGGAGGGGAAGGGAUGGGGGGUGAGGGAGGUGUGGGGGGUGGGGGGGUUAGGUUGGGAUUUGGAAGGGGAGUUGGGGUUUUUAGUUGGGGGGGUGGUUUGGUGUAGGGUGGGGGGGUGGGGGUUAUUGAGGUUGGGGGGGAUGGUAUUUGAUUGGAGGGUAUGUUUUUGUUGGUGGGGGGUGGGUGGGAUGGAGUUUGGGGGGUGGUAUUUUGUGUUUUGGGAGGGGGGAAGGGGGAAUUGUGGGAUGGGGGGGUUAGGUUGUGGGGGUUGGGGGUGGAUGGUGUGGAAAAAGAUUGGGUUGGGGUAG